CAACUGGUCCAAACGAGAGUCCGUAGUAGCAAUCAUGGCAGUGUUGUUAGGACUAUUCACAGGACUUUGUUUUACAGUGAUUUGUGUUAUAGUGCGGCUUCUGAUUGUGAUUCGUUCUGGAUCAAAAUGUAAACCUGGAGAGAAAGGUCCCGUCUGCGUGCUUAUCGUUGCUGGAUCAGGGGGACACACCACUGAGAUCCUGCGACUGAUGGAGAGUCUCUCUCAGUCCUACAGCCCAAGACACUAUAUAAUCGCAGACACAGACAAGAUGAGUGAAGACAAGAUACGUACCUUUGAAAACUCAAAGAAAGACACUGGUUCAAAAGGCCAGUUUACCAUCCAGAGGAUCCCUCGAAGCCGUGAGGUGCGGCAAUCAUGGAGUUCCUCUGUGAUCUCCACUCUGAACGCCCUGCUCUACGCCAUUCCUCUGGUGUUCAGGCUCAGGCCAGACAUGGUGCUGUGUAACGGCCCUGGGACCUGCGUCCCUCUGUGCGCGGCAGGACUUCUCCUGGGCCUCCUGGGAUUGAAGAGAGUCCUGCUCGUCUACGUUGAGAGCAUCUGCAGAGUGGAGAGCCUAUCCUUGUCCGGAAAGAUCCUCUAUCACAUCUCCGACUACUUCUUUGUGCAGUGGUCCACCUUGAAAGACAAAUACCCCAAAUCAAUUUACCUCGGGAGGAUAGUCUGACUCUGAAUAGACUAAA